AUAUGAAAUAUUCUGACAGAUGAUGUCCCGUACAAGUUUAUUUCCAAGCUUUAUGAACUUUAAAAAUGUUUGUCAAAUAAUACAUGAUAUGAGAAUAAAACAAAUCAAAUUCAUUGCUUUCUUAGUAGUGUUCGUAAAUAUAAGUUUAUUUUACUUUUCCUUACGUCUCUUCAAUUAUUACCAUAAAAUUGCAAUAGGAGAGAUAACUUCUACAGUCUACAUUGAAAAUGAACCCGCACUUGAAUUAAAACUGCUGAGCAGCAAUAAAAUUUCCGAAAAACUUAUAAGCAAAUUGGUAACAGUUGUUAUUCGAGAAUUUGAAACACAUGCAAAUGAUGUCUCUUCAACUGUAUAUUCCAUACUAAAAAUAUUUAAGGAUAUCCAGAUAUUUAUUCUUUAUGAUAAGAUACCCUACCCACCCUUGGAAAUAAAUACUCGUAAUUUCAGCAGAUCAAAUUUAAAACAAUGGAAUUUAAGCCCUUCUCUUGGCAAACCAACACCUCAAUCUCCAGUUUCAAGCAUUGAUACUAAAUAUGUCCUAUUUAUACCUGAUGCUACUAGGGUGGUUUCAGUCCAUCCUAUACAAAACCUUUUGAAAAAAGCCGAUGAAUAUAAAGGAUCCAUAGUUGUUUCCCCAGUAUCUGGAAAUCGGGAAUUGGAAUGUUUUCGACUCAAUGUUAAAACUAAGGAAUGGAGUUUGAAAUAUAACAUUAUCAAAAGUUCUUAUUGUGAUGUGAUCAAUGGAAAGCAAGUAAUACUAUUGGAAACUGAAUUACUGAAGAAUUUGUCUAACCCAUUUCUUCUUCCAUUUCCAUCUUCACUAUAUAUCCAAACAUCAGCUUUAAAUGUUAAGGCCUUAAUACUGAAUUCAGGAAUGUUCCAUGAGGGAAAUUCAAAAUUCAGAACACAUCAUGCCCAAUGGAAGUUGAAACAAAUCAAUCAGGAACGUUUAAAGUCACUCUACAAACUAUUCAGAAUAAAACUUGUGGUGAAGGGGGGUAAAAACGAAUACUACGGUUGUAAUAGGGAAACACCUCGAUGUUUUGAAAGUGUUAUAGAUUCCAUUCCCGUUUACCUUUACGAAAAUAGAUGGACCCCUCCUUGUUGUCUAACACAUUUGAGAAAAACCACAAAAUAUAUUCUUGGAUUAUUAGAUCAAUUCGGUUUAAGGUAUUGGUUGGAAAGUGGUAGUCUUUUAGGAGCUGUGAGAAGUGGUGAUAUACUACCAUGGGAUCAUGAUGUGGAUAUAGGUUAUAUAAAUGAAGACAGUAAUCGUUGCAAAUGGCUUCAAAUGGCACAAAACAAAUCAGUUAUAGACAAUAAGGGCUUCUAUUGGGAAAAGGUUAAGGAAGGUAACUACUUCAGAGUCCACUUCAGCAAGACCAAUAGAAUUUUUGUUAAUUUGUUUCCUUUCUCCCAUAAAAAUGGUACAAUGUCUAGGAACUUGUUCUUAGACUCUCGUAAAAAUAUGGAGUUCCCUGAUAACUUCUUACACCCUAUGUCUAGUGUUGAAUUUAUUGGCAGGAGUGUACCUUGUCCCAAUAAUGUCAGAGAGUUUUUGGAAAACAAAUUUGGUAAAGGUUGUAUUGAAAGACCAGAAUAUCCCAAUCGUAAAAUGAGAAAAUUUCAAAUGAACUGAUGCUUCAAUAUUAAAAUUUCUCCUAAUAUUGGGUGUUUUUCAAAAUUUAGAAAUUAUAGUGAAUUAACUGUAGAUAUUGAACUUUCCUAGAGAAUGAACUGAAGUUGUGAAAUGAUCUGCCUUAGAUUGCCAAACAUCGAAUGACUUUGAAUUUAUGAUAAUUUAAAAAUUUUCACAAUUACUUACCUAAUUGAAACUAUAUAAUUAACAUAGAUUAUGAAUCCAACUAAAAAAAUUAUAUGCAUUCAAAUUCAUCAAAAUAUAUAACUGUUAACAUUGUGCCAAAUUUUAAGUAUUGUUAGAAUAUUUAGUGUUUAAUAAACUUGUUCAUUAAUGAAA